UAAUAAAGAUUUUCCGUGUGUGUGUGUCGAGUGUGUGUGGAGCUGAAGAUGGCGGCCAGCUCGGAGCGCAGUCCUCCUCCUUUCCCGGACUCAGAGGAGCCCGAGCUGCUGGAGGACAGUGACGAGGGCGCGGACGCGUUCACGGGCACGUCAAUCUCUGAGAUGGAUUCUCCAUCACCGGACACAACCGGCCAUUCAAAAGACAUCUUCAGCGAUCCGGCAGAAGACAUCUUCAGCGAUCCUCUCAGCGACAUUAACUCCGAACCCAAGAAGAACGCAGACAUCAAGAUCCCGUCUCCUGCUAGCGAUGAAGCCGUCGACCUGUUCAGCGACCCGCUGGAUGAUGAUGAACCCUCAGAAAUGAGUUCACCCGAGGUCCAAAAUCCUGUGCCAGAUCUCUCAAACGAGCCUGCAGAAGCGCCAAAGUCUGAUAACAAAAAGCAGAUUUUCGAACACCCUGCAAAAGUCAAGAAAGCGGCUAGUUCAGAGCUGUUUGAUGAUGAUGAAGAUGAUGAGGAUCUGUUUCAAGAGCCGUUUAAACCAGUGACGAAGAAGCCUCAGGUCUCAGUGCCGCCUCUGGACGUUUAUACAGAGGUGAAGGUCAAGCCACAGGUUAAAGAUGACCCAACAGAUCUGUUCACCGAGGAAGCUUUAACGCCACCAGCCAGCAAACCUGCCACAAACACCAGGACCAAUGGAGUGCACUCUGAGGAGCAGGAUCUGUUCUCAGAAGCUACAGUGGAGUUGUCUCUGGACAGUCCUCAAAAUGACCGCAAGAAGAAAGACUCUGUGAAGCCAUCAGUAUCGGCUCCUGCUGCUCCUGUAGCCUCCAGCUCCAGCAAACCUCCGUCCAAAACACUCGAGGAGCUGGAGGAAGAGGAAAGUGAAGACAAGUUUGAUCUGAACAUUUCCAUCACAAAUCCAGAGAAAGUCGGUGAUGGUAUGAACGCAUAUAUGGUCUACAAAGUUUCAACACAGACGUCUUUAUCCAUGUUUCGUAGCAAGACGUUUACCGUACGCAGACGUUUCAGUGAUUUCCUCGGACUGUACGAAAAGCUUUCAGAGAAACACUCGCAGAACGGAUACAUUGUACCUCCGCCACCAGAGAAGAGCAUUAUGGGAAUGACGAAAGUGAAAGUUGGGAAGGAAGAUCCGUCAUCAGCUGAGUUUGUGGAGCGGAGGAGAGCUGCUCUAGAGAGGUAUCUUCAGAGGGUUGUGAGUCACCCGUCUCUCCUGCAGGACCCUGAUGUCCGAGAGUUUCUGGAGAAAGAGGAGUUACCCAGAGCGGUCAGCACACAGACUCUUAGUGGAGCCGGUUUCCUCAAGAUGCUCAACAAGGCCACUGAUGCUGUCAGUAAGAUGACCAUAAAGAUGAAUGAGCAGGACGUGUGGUUUGACGAGAAGAUCCAGGAUGUAGAAAAUGAAGAACAGCUUCUGCGCAAACUUCACGUCAUGGUGGAGUCGCUUGUGAACCACAGAAAAGAGUUAUCUGGGAACACGGCGGUGUUUGCGAAGAGUGUGGCGAUGUUGGGCAGUUCGGAGGAUAACACUGCUCUGUCCCGCGCUCUGUCUCAGCUCGCAGAGGUGGAGGAUCGAAUCGAGCAGCUCCACCGCGAUCAGGCCGCCAACGACUUCUUCACCUUCGCUGAGCUGCUGGCUGAUUAUAUACGCCUGCUGGGAGCCGUCAGGGGUUGUUUUGAUCAGAGGAUGAAAGCGUGGCAGCGCUGGCAGGACGCUGAAAGCAUGUUGCAGAAAAAACGAGAGGCCGAGGCCAAACUCCUGUGGGCCAAUAAACCUGACAAACUCCAACAGGCCAAGGAUGAGAUCGCUGAGUGGGAAGCGAAAGUCACGCAGUACGAGAGAGACUUUGAGAGAAUCUCAGCCACCGUACAGAAAGAUGUCAUCCGUUUUGAUAAAGAGAAAGCUCGAGAUUUUAAAAGACAAAUCAUCAAGUAUCUGGAGUCACUGCUACACUCUCAACAACAGCUGAUAAAAUACUGGGAGGCGUUUUUGCCAGAGGCGAAAGCAAUCGCGUGAGGUGUCGCAGAAACACACUCACCCAUGACCGAGGCCUUCUUCACUCUUUACCUCUCGCCUAUAAACCAAGAGAAAUCAAGCUGCAAAGGGAAAUCAUCAGUCCGGCCGCUCUCUGAUCCAACGAAUAACUUUGUAUAUUUUUUUUCCUUCCGUCUGAUCUUCACCUUUAUUUUCUUACAUUUGAAUCUUGAUUAUUUGGGGAGUGUAAACGCAUGGUGGUUGGUUUUGGGUCUGUCUUCCUCGUUUGUAUGCAACCAAAAUUUCUUUUUUUAUCACUCACUGGGAUUUGUUACUGCCAAUGGUUUCCACUAGAGGGCGCUCUCUGUUCAUUCAGAUUUCUCAUUAGGCCACUUUGUGUGAGAUAAACGGUGACUUAUUUUAGAAAUCCAAAUAUUGAGAGAGAGAGAUAUAAAUAUAUAUACUUUUAAACACCGUGAAGUAAAUGAAUAAUGGAUUAUUGAUAUAAAAUAGGCUGGAUAUUGUGGGAAAGCAUGAACUAAUGUUGCUGGCUCAUAGUUUUUACACAAAGAAUCAACUUUAAAUCUUCAAUAGAUUCAUGGUUUUAGUACAUUCAUGACGUAAAGCAUUUAAAAAACGCACUUCUGAAGCGUUUGAUAUCAAUAUCGGAGCUCUUUCAAGCAGCACUUCAGUCUUAAAUACGUAUUUUUUCUCUCUUUAUUUGCUCGUUUCCUCCAUUUGUAGACAUUUAUGCCAACAUGUUAUUUUUGUCCGUGUCAAACGCGAUUAUUUGUGUUAUUCACUCGAUUCUGGCAUGCUAUGAUGAUUAAUUAACAUUUGCUACUCUACUAAUAAUAAUUACACCGUUUCUACAUCUGAUUUUGUUUUGCUGCUGUUAGAUUCAUGGUCAUUUAUAAUGUUAGGAUGUUGCGUUUGUAUUAGUUUGCUUCAUUGAAUGGUGUUUCUGGCCCUGCUGUAAUGACGCAGAUGUUGUUAACAGGUUUGACUUCACCAUUAGGUGCCAUAAUAAUAAUCAAAAGUUUGUUUAUUAGAAGAAAGAAAAAGCGGUGCGGGGGGGGGAUUUUUUUCACUAUGGACACUUCUUUUGAGGAAAACAAAUAAAGAUUUAAUAAUUACAAA